GAUCAUGGACAAGUUUGUGACACGCAGCAAGAGGCCUGCAAGAUCUCCAGUCAAGGCCCGGCUCAGUAAGAAGGCCAGAGGAGAACCUGAGGAGGAAAAGAAGAGGCUGAAGACUUGCUGUGAGGAUGAGGAAGUCGCGGGCCUGCUGGAUGAUGAGAAAGAAAGAUCUGGAGAAAAGCAGCAGGAAAAAGAAGAAGAAGAAGACGACGACGACGUGGAGUGGGAGUCACCUGAGGGGUUCUCUGCACCGAUACCGUGGCGCAAGAUCGAAGCGGAGGGUUUGGACUGCGACUACGGCCUGUUGUUCAAGAAGGCCAAGGCAACUGAGCUCUUCCACAAGCUGGAGAGGGAGGUGGAGUACUUCACCGGUGAGCAGACCAAAGUGCAGGUGUUUGGUAAGAGCUACAGUGUGCCGCGUAAGCAGGCGACGUACGGGGACGAGGGGCUGAUGUACUCCUUCUCUGGGGUGCACCUGCUGGCCCGCCCCUGGACCCCCACGCUGGAGGGCAUACGCGACGCUGUCACCACGGCCACCGGACACACUUUCAACUUCGUGCUCAUCAACAGGUAA